CAGUUUUUUAGAGUGGCACCUGGCUGUCUCAGUUCAAGAUGGCGCGUUUGUUGUCUUUCGUUGCAUUUAGCGUGUGCAGGUUUCUCUUCGUGUUGGCUUUUUCGUUGCCAUCCGGAGCUGAAGAGGCCUGCUACAGCUACGGAGGGGGGCAUGUUUAUCCUGGAGAGGGACUGAGGUCCUCCGAGCAUGCUGUUCACUGGAGUAAAGCGCAAAUUUCCAAACCGGCCCCUAACUUUGAAGGGACCGCAGUGGUCAAUGGGGAAUUUAAAGAGUUGAAGUUGUCGGACUACAAAGGAAGAUAUCUUGUGCUUGUCUUCUAUCCUCUAGACUUUACUUUUGUCUGUCCUACAGAAAUCAUCGCCUUCAGUGACCGCGUCAGUGAAUUCAACAAAAUCAACACCGAUGUGGUUGCAGUUUCUGUCGAUUCUCAGUUCACCCAUUUGGCAUGGAUGAAUACUCCACGGAAGAAAGGCGGCCUUGGACCAAUGUCAAUCCCUCUUCUAUCUGAUCUAACACACCAGAUCUCUAAGGAUUAUGGCGUUCUAUUGGAGGAUUUGGGGCACACUCUCAGGGGCCUGUUCAUAAUUGACGGCAAUGGUGUUCUGCGUCAAAUUACAAUGAAUGAUUUACCGGUCGGCCGAUCGGUUGAUGAGACUUUGAGAUUGGUGCAGGCUUUCCAGUUUACAGACAAGAAUGGUGAAGUGUGCCCAGCAGGUUGGAAGCCAGGCAGUGACACAAUUAUUCCGCAUCCAGAGGACAAACUGAAGUACUUUAGCAAACAGAAGGAUAAAUAAACCCCCUGUGGAAUGGGAACGCCAGUUCCUCUGAAUUAGACUUGCUACAAGUCUCUUUGCUUUGUCUGCUGUCUCUGUCGCUUAGGAUGGAUUUUCACAAAGAGUUAAGACUAGUCUUAUCUCGAGUUAGGAUGAGUUACUUGUCCUCACUUAGGACUAACCUUAAG